AUGGUUGCCACGGGGUGCGUCAUGGGCACCAUGGAAGGUGCAGAUGGUAGCGGUAUCAUCGAGCGUAUAGGAAAAGGUGUCAUGACCUUGGACGUGCAUGAUCGCGUCGUAUGCUUGGCCAUCAGAAUGCACUCAUCAGUAAUACGCAUCAAGGCGUCGGCGUGCAGACGCAUCCCAAAUUCCAUGUCUUUCACUGAGGCCGCCUCGCUACCUGUGGUGCAUUGCACCGCAUACAACGCCUUCGUGCGCAUUGUGCGUAUUGAGACGGAAGAGACACCAGGGGUUCGCAAGACAGUGCUCAUCCACGCGGCGGCUGGGAGCCUCAGCCAGGUCGCCAUCCAGUGCGCGGAGCACUUUGUUAUGGAGAUUUUCGCAACGGUGGGUCCAGACCCCAAGCGCGAGCACAUUAGGCGUCUCUACGGCAUUCCCGGUGACCAUGUGCUCUGCGCCCGCGACACCAGCUUUGCCAUGGCAAUCAAGCAUAUGACCAAUCAGCGAGGUGUUGAUCUGAUCCUCAAUUCGACAUCUGGGGAACUGCUGCGCCAGACAUGGCAGUGCCUCGCUCCCGGCGGAACCUUCAUCGAAGUUGACAAAGCUGUCCUGGACAGCGUGCGGCCGCGUCCCGGCAACGACGUGAGCGCAACAUACACAGUCUUUGAUGUCGAGAAUAUCAUUCGCGGCAAUACUCAACUUACGGGCAGGCUCCUGGAUGGCGCACUCGACUACCCCCGGAGAGGCAUUACGAAACCUGCCCGUGCCGCCAAGUCCCCAUCAGCGACGUUCAUGAGGCUUUUCGGCUUAUGCAGACAGGCCGACACACUGGCAAGCUGCUCUUCUCAUGGACGGACGACAUUACAGUGCCGGUGCGGAGUCCAAACAUUUUGA